AUGAACGCUCAGCUGCCGAUGGAGAACCUGGGCGAGUUACCGGGGGUGCCCCAUGACCAGUCGGUGCCCGCGGGAGAGUUGAUGAGCAGCCCGAGCCCCCACAGCCGGCCGCUCGGCCACCGCGGCUUGCCCCCGUCCGCCCGCUCGCUGGUCUCCAGCAUGGCUUCGAUCCUGGACGGAGACUACCACCGGGGCUCGGAGCACGGCCUGGCCGCUGCCCUGCACCCGACCAUGACCAUGGCUUGCGAGAGCUCGCCGCCCGGGAUGAGCAUGAGCAGCACCUACACCACGCUGACCCCUCUGCAGCCGCUGCCUCCCAUCUCCACCGUCUCGGACAAGUUCCCUCACCACCACCACCACCAUCACCACCAUCACCAUCACCACCAGCAGCAGCAGCAGCAGCAGCACCAACAGCAGCAGCAGCAGCAGAGGCUGCCCAGUAAUCUCAGCGGCAGCUUCACCCUGAUGCGGGACGACCGCGGCUUGUCCACCCUCAACAGCCUCUACAGCCACUACCACAAGGAGAUGCCAGGCCCCAGCAUCUCGCCCCUGACCAACGGCCUGGGCACCCUGCACAGCGGCCAGCACGGCCUGGCACCGUACGCCCACAGCGGGGCCCUGGGCGCCGACAAGCUGCUGGCCACCCCGAACGGCUUCGAGGCCGCUCCGCCCGCCAUGCUAGCCCGCGGCGAGCAGCACCUGAGCCCCCCGGGCGUGGGCAUGGUGCCCCUCAACGGCCUGCACCCGCACCCGCACCCUCACCCGCCUCACGUCCACCCGCACGCCCCGGGCGCCGGGCAGCCGGGGCUGGGCACCGGGCGCCUGGCGGAGCCGGGCUCGGCGGGGGGCACCGGCGGCCCCCCGGCCUCUCAGAGCUCGCAGCUGGAGGAGAUCAACACCAAGGAGAUCGCGCAGAGGAUCACCACCGAGCUCAAGCGCUACAGCAUCCCACAGGCCAUCUUCGCGCAGCGGGUGCUGUGCCGCUCCCAGGGCACCCUGUCAGACCUGCUCAGAAACCCCAAACCCUGGAGUAAACUCAAAUCCGGGCGAGAAACCUUCCGGCGCAUGUGGAAGUGGCUGCAGGAGCCGGAAUUCCAGCGGAUGUCGGCUCUGAGGUUAGCAGCCUGCAAGAGGAAAGAGCAGGAGCAUGGAAAAGAGCGGGGCGCUGCUCCCAAAAAGCCUCGGCUGGUCUUCACAGACGUCCAGCGCAGAACUCUACACGCAAUAUUCAAGGAAAACAAGCGUCCGUCCAAAGAAUUGCAAAUAACCAUUUCCCAGCAACUGGGCUUGGAGCUGAGCACCGUCAGCAAUUUCUUUAUGAACGCACGUCGGAGGAGUUUGGAUAAGUGGCAGGAUGACGGCAGCACCAACUCAGUCAACUCAUCUUCCUCAUCAAGCACUUGUACCAAAGCAUGA